CCUUCUCCGACACUAUAAAAGUAAUCACCCAGGAUUUUUUCAGUCGGAUUUUCUUGUGCGUUUUCGCUUUGGCUGUGCAGACAUCUCUCUGAAUUCCUCGCAGCUUUCUCCGCUCCCCCUCCAGGGUGACAAUGAUUAACUAUGAAGUGACCGUGUUCACUGGCAAUCUGGCCUUGGCCUCCACUUUCAAUAACGUCUACAUUACACUGGUCGGGACAGAUGGAGAGAGCAAACGCAUUGAUCUCACAAGCUGGAAACCAUCUUUCUUCAGAGGGCAAGUAUCUCAUUUUAUUGUGUCCUGCCCCAAAUCCCUUGGAAAGCUGGUGAUGAUAAAGUUAGACAAACAGAAAAGGUUUCUCCAAGACUCUUGGUAUCCUGCCAAGGUGGAAGUGAAAUCCCCUACAAACAAAACCUACCACUUCCCCAUCUACCACUGGAUUACUGACAGUGAGGUCUAUUGCUUCAGAGAGGGGACAGCUCUCAGAAUCUUUGAUGACAGCAACAGUCAUCUUGGUGGGUGCAGUCGGCAGCAGGAACUUAAGCAGCGACAGAAAGUCUUUUGCUGGGAUGUAUAUGCACAGGGGAUACCGCACUGCAUUAAGGGAAACAGCAUUCAGUCUCUGCCCUAUGAUGUCCAUUUUUCCUUGACCAAGACAGCAGAGAUGAAAUACACUGCAGUCACAGGACUGGUAGAGUUGGAACUGAUUGAAAUGGCUGAGUUAAAGAAAAACUGGACUCACAUAGAUGAUAUUAGUCAUCUUUUAUGCGCUCAUCGAACUCAAGUAACAGGUAACAAAUCAUCAGAAGUUCAUUCACUCAAACAUUGCUCAUACUUCACGAUGUUAUAUAAUUAUAUCAAAUGCAAUGAAUUAAAAGCAUAUCUCUUCCUUCUUCUUCAGCUAAAGCAGAAACCAGCAAAGGACAACCCAAUCUUCCUUCCUACUGAUUCUGAGUAUGACUGGUUGAUGGCCAAAAUCUUUGUGAGAAGUGCAGAUUUCAACUUCUAUGAAGUCAGUGUUCACCUGCUACGCACACACCUGCUGGCUGAGGUUUUUACAGUCUCACUGCUGCGUAACCUGCCCAUGGUGCAUCCACUGUACAAGCUUCUGAUGCCUCACACUCGCUACACACUUCAGAUUAACGUCUUAGCUCGGCAACUUCUAAUAUCUAAGACGGGAGUUUUGACUCGGUAUGCAGCUUCUGGUGGAAAGGGUGUAAUCACAAUCCUGCAGAAAUCGUUAUCCUCCCUGACCUACAGCUCCCUCUGUAUCCCAGAUGAUAUUGCAGAACGUGGGCUGAAAGAUGUACCAAAUUUCUACUACAGGGAUGAUGGAUUGAAGCUUUGGGAAAUCAUCUUCAGGUUUGUGAAAGAAAUUCUCACCUCCUACUACAAGACUGAUGCUGAAGUCCAGAAAGACUCUGAACUGCAGAAGUGGAUUCAGGACAUUUAUGAACAUGGAUUCCUUUCACAAGCAAGCACAGGAAUUCCACAGAAAUUCAGCACUGUGGAUGAGAUGGUCAAGUUCGUCACCAUGGUGAUCUUCACUUGCUCUGCCCAGCACUCAGCUGUCAACUCUGGGCAGUACGACUUUGGGGCCUGGAUGCCCAAUAGUCCUGUCACCUUGCAGCUUCCCCCACCAACUAAAAAGGGGAAAGCAAGUGAAAAAGCAUGAUAGAUACUGUGGAGAAGGGAAAUUAUUUUACUGCUAUUGUUAAAUAAUUGUCAUUAUUACCAUUGCAUUAAUAAUAUAAUCUGGAGUUUA